GGCGGAAAUGGGGCGCGGGGGCUGAUGGGAACUCUGUUACAUACAGGAAGACCAGAGACACGGAACCGAGAGACCAAACACACCCACUGAGCUAGACUGGAGAGAGGGAGGAAAAAAAGCUCGCUUGAAACAUAUUGGGGUUUGUCAGAAGGUGAAGGCAUGGCAGAGCUGGCGAAUCUGGUGCAGAGGUUGGAGGUUGCGGUUGGUCGUCUGGAGGCCAUUUCCAGCAGUGGAGGUGCAGGUGGCUGUCCUGUAGCUGGUGGAGCUGUAUCUGCAUAUGUGGAGGCUUUCGAUGGCCUGAUCUCAGGCUCUGUUGCUGAGUACAUUACCCUGAGUCAGAAGAUAGGUGGUGAUGUUCUGAAGCAUGCUGAUAUGAUGAAGCAAGCUUUUACCUGUCAGAGGCAACUUUUGGUGACUGCCUCCUGCUCUCAGAAACCCUCUGAUGCCAUUCUGACAUCUCUGCUGGCUCCAGUGUCUAAAGUGAUCCAGCAAGUGCAGGCGUUCAGAGAGCAGAACCGUUCCUCUCCUCUCUUCAACCACCUCUCUGCAGUCAGUGAAAGUGUGCCCGCACUGGGCUGGGUUGCCAUGGCCCCUAAGCCUGGUCCUUAUGUCAAGGAAAUGCAGGAUGCUGCCAUGUUCUAUACAAACCGUGUGCUGAAAGAUUACAAAGACAAGGACAAAACUCAUGUUGACUGGGUUAAGGCCUAUUUGUCAAUCUGGACUGAGCUGCAAGCAUACAUAAAGCAGCACCACACCACUGGGCUGGUCUGGAGCAAGAGUGGUCCAGUUGCCUCAGCAUCUGGAGCUUCUUCUGCUCCAAGUGGAGGUGCUGCUCCUCCUCCUCCUCCUGGCCCCCCUCCUCCACCUGCUGCUCUGGACAAGGCAGGAGGUGGAGAUGCAGAGACAAGUCGUAAUGCCCUCUUUGCCUCCCUUAACAAAGGAGCUGAUAUAACUAAAGGGUUGAAGCAUGUGUCCAAUACCCAGAAGACCCAUAAGAACCCUCAGCUGAGAUCUCAGACAGGCCCUCUGCACUCUGGACCUAAACCUUUCUCAUCUGCUCGACCAACUGCCAGUGCUGCCCAGGCUCGCUCUCUGCCUCCAGUGCUGGAGCUAGAAGGCAAAAAAUGGAGAGUGGAGAACCACGAUGGUGCUCAGGGUCUCGUGAUCAGUGAGACAGAGCUCAAACAGGUGGUGUAUGCCUUCAAGUGCAGCAACAGCACACUGCAAAUAAAGGGAAAGAUCAACUCAAUCACUGUAGACAACUGCAAGAAGUUGGGCCUUGUUUUUGAUGAUGUUGUGGGUAUUGUGGAAUUUAUCAACUGCAAGGAUGUGAAAAUUCAGGUUCUGGGCAAGGUUCCAACCAUUUCCAUCAAUAAGACUGAUGGUUGCCAUGUGUACCUGAGUAAGGACUCCCUGUCGUGCGAGAUCGUCAGUGCCAAGAGCUCAGAGAUGAAUGUGCUGGUGCCUGGCAAAGAUGGAGACUUUACUGAAAUCCCAGUCCCUGAGCAAUUUAAAACCGUAUGGGAUGGCAAAAAGCUGGUCACUUCAGCCACAGAGAUUGCCGGAUAAAGGUGUCACCUGUGAUAUUUCACCCCCCUUUGCCAAUGCCUACCUGACUGAGUGACCAACCAGCCAAUCACAAAUGAACCUGAAAUGCUAAUUGUAUAAACACACUUCCCAUUAGCCAAUCAAAGGGGUGGCUGAACAUUCCUUAAACCAGUGAGACGGCUGUUUGCUUUCUGCAGAUUAAUGAAACAUUUCAUUCCAUUUGAUGUUUAAUAGCAAUUCCUUCGUUGCCAACAAUCAAGUUGUUUUGCUGUUUUCAAGCAUUCCAAGGAAAAUAAAACGAACAGCCAAAAUUAUGCAUAUUUUCUUUAUAUUUGUUAGUUGUUUUUAUCUAUUUUUUGGUCUUGAGUUGACUUUCCUUUUUUUUUUUUCUUCUUUGCUUUAAGUUGUUUCCAGGUGUGGGAGUCUUGGUAAUUUCUGUUCUAUAUAUGCAAAUCUGUCCUAAAGCACACAUAUAACACUUAAAAAAAAAGAAAUCUGACAUUUCAAGAGCAAAUAAAACCUAGAUUUGUGGUGUCACUGAAAUCGGAUGACUAACUGGAGCAAAUGAUGGAUUUAGCACUUAUUGGUAACUUAUUGGUAUAUUUUAUUCUUACAAUUUUAACAAAAGUAAUGUUAAGAUACUGUAAUAAACCAAUUUCCUCCAUUUCUUAAUGUAUGCCAGCACACAGCACAUUUUCUAAAGCACUGUAAAGUAACAUUCCAUGAUGUAACAAAUUAAGUGGUACAAUAAGGAUGGUGGAUAUUUAUGUAGAAAUAUCCUUGUUUAACUUUUUCUUUCUUUUACUUAAAGAAUUGUUUAGGCAUAAAUGCAGCUUCAAAAUUCAGCUUGCCUCUAGAUGCAAGCAUCAUCAAAUUGGGCAGUCUAUGAAUUAGUUAUUUAAUUAUUUCUUAUGAUGCUCAGUAUAAUCCUCAAGAUGAUGUAUCAUUCAUUUUUACUUAAUACUCUUUUGCACUCAUAGCACUCAGCCAUGUAAAAUCUUACUUUGUAUUGGUAAUUUGUCUUUUUAGGUUAGAGUUUGGUCAACAGUUCUGCUCAUUAUUAGUAAGAUCAAAUUUUUAAAAUAAGAACAAUGAAUAAGCCACUUUGUUCUGUCAUAACUUUGCUUUGAAUUUUGUAGUAAAGAAUUCUCAACAGUCA